CCCACAACCGAGUGCACAACGAACGUCAAAAUCAACGACACGACAAUCGAACCCGACUACUAACCCAACAGGUACCGCAAGACCACCGCCAACAUGCGUACCUACGACGAUUCCUUCAGCGGUCAGAAGAUCUACCCGGGCAAGGGCAAGCUCUACGUCCGUGGUGACAGCAAGGUCUUCCGUUUCCAGAACGGCAAGAGCGAGAGUCUGUUCCUCCAGCGCAAGAACCCCCGCCGAAUUGCGUGGACAGUCCUCUUCCGAAGGCAGCACAAGAAGGGUAUCUCUGAGGAGAUUGCCAAGAAGCGAACUCGCCGUACCGUCAAGCACCAGCGUGCCAUCGUCGGAGCUUCUCUUGAUGUGAUCAAGGAGCGCCGCAGCCAGCGUCCCGAGGCUCGCUCCGCCGCCCGCGCACAAGCCAUCAAGGAGGGCAAGGAGAAGAGGGCCGCCGCCGAGUCCAAGAAGAAGGCUGAGAAGGCCAAGAACGCCGCCGCCGGUGCCCGUGGCCAGGCCCAGAAGAUCCAGAGCAAGCAGGGUUCAAAGGGUGCCGCACCCAAGGUGCAAGCAAGGACUCGCUAAGGAUUGCGCGCGAGUUGAAAGGGGAGGAUGACUGCUGACGCAUUGUGGUGUUCAUUAAAGCGGGAAGAUUACGGCGACCGGCUUUUUUUUUCUCUUUCUCGGGUUCUCAAAUGAAAUCAGGGAGAAAAAUGGGGAUGAUGGGAAUAAAUAACAAAAC